AAGCGCCACACAAAGUCGCAUACACUCUGCCGGCGUUGCGGCCGCCGUGCCUUCCACAGGCAGCACAAGGAGUGCGCUCAGUGCGGAUACCCCUCCGCCAAACUCCGGUCGUACGAGUGGGGCCAGAAGGCGAAGCGCCGAAAGACCACCGGCACUGGACGCAUGAGGUACCUCAAGGAGGUCUCCCGGCGGUUCAAGAACGGCUUCAGGGAGAACACGGUGGCAAAGAAGAAGGUUUCGAAAUCUACCGAGGCGUAA